CCGCGCGGCCUUCAGUCCCAACUACGACCCGCGACCGCCAACACGCUUUCGCGACACCCACUGCCGCACUGCAACGCCGAGCAUCAACACGCGAUAGUGCUCGCUGUGAACGCGCGCCCUUUCUCUCACGCAGUGUGAUCGUGCUUCGGUACGUUAAUGCAAAACCGGACUACUCUCUUGACACGAUACAGCGCUAAGGAAUCCGUCGCGGUUUGGACAUCUGAAACAUUCUAAGGGCGCGAGGGCUGGCCUGCCACUCGCCCGGACCCGUCGCGACCCGGCGGCGAUUCUACGUAGCGACGAUAACUACAAACACGUAGGCAAACGGAGAACACGGUAUGACUGCGACGCACGGUGGCGGCAGUGAAGACCACCGCCCGGACAAGGAUUCCGUAUAUACUAUCAAAACUGGCUUCAAGAACGAUGGCUACCAGCACGAUAGAGAUUCCAACGACGAUAUCGUCAAACCACCACCCCUGCCUACCGAAGACGACUCCUACGCCUCGGGCAAGGUCAAACUUUCGAGGAAUGAGAAGUGGAGGAUAUUGAAGAAUGUAGCGGCCGUGAGCUGCGCUUUCAUGGUACAGUUCACCGCUUUCCAGGGAACUGCGAAUCUCCAGUCCUCUAUCAACGCCGCUGAUGGGCUGGGAACAGUCUCGCUGAGUUCCAUUUACGCGGCACUCGUUGUGUCCUGCAUAUUUGUGCCCACGUUCCUAAUUAAGAGGCUAACUGUGAAAUGGACCUUAUGUCUCUCAAUGCUCUGCUAUGCGCCGUACAUUGGCGCUCAAUUCUUUCCCGCCUUUUACACGCUCGUUCCGGCUGGAGUGAUUGUUGGCCUGGGAGCAGCUCCUAUGUGGACCUCGAAGGCUACAUAUCUGACUCAAGCUGGAAGUGUGUACGCAAAGCUAACAGAUCAAGCCGUUGAUGGUAUAAUCGUAAGAUUCUUCGGGUUCUUCUUCCUAGCUUGGCAGACAGCUGAAUUAUGGGGAAAUCUUAUCUCAAGCUUAGUAUUCUCAUCGGGAGUACACAGCGGAAAUACAUCCAAAGAGAACACCAGCAGCCAACUUCUAUCAUGUGGAGCCAACUUCUGCAUGAUCGGUGGAGGACAUCACGACAACCAGAACCUACACCGACCACCAGACAGCGAGAUAUACGAGAUCAGUGCCAUAUACCUCGCGUGUGUGGUGGUAGCCGUUUUGAUGGUGGCUUUCCUUGUCGAUCCUCUUUCAAGAUACGGAGAGAAGCAAAGAACAUCAGAUGCAUCCAAGUUGACGGGCAUUCAGCUGCUGUCGGCCACAGCUUACCAGUUGAAAAAACCUAAUCAACAAUUGCUCAUCCCCAUCACACUGUGGAUUGGGAUGGAGCAAGCGUUCAUCGGCGCUGAUUACACUCAAGCCUACGUCUCAUGUGCUCUCGGUAUCCGGUCCAUCGGCUAUGUUAUGAUAUGCUUUGGAGUCGUGAACGCGCUAUGCUCACUGCUCUUUGGUUCAGCUAUGAAGUAUAUCGGACGAUUUCCAAUAUUGGUGAUGGGAGCCGCUCUUCACUUGGGUCUCAUCGUCUGGCUGCUUAUCUGGACACCGAACCCUGAUUCACCGACAGUAUUCUUCGUUAUAUCCGGCUUGUGGGGUGUUGGAGAUGCUGUUUGGCAAACUCAAGUCAACGGCUUAUACGGUGUGCUGUUCCGGAGAAACAAGGAGGCCGCCUUCUCCAACUACAGGCUUUGGGAGAGCGCUGGUUUCGUUGUUGCCUAUGCCUACUCCACCCACCUCUGCGCCAGGAUGAAACUAUAUGUGAUGAUGGUGGCCCUCCUCAUUGGUGUCGUCGGCUACAUCAUUGUUGAGAUACUACACAUGAGAAAGGCUCGUCGUCUGAAGGCUAUCGCCGAGAACCCGGUCGCUGCGGCUGAAGCUGCCAAGCAACCUCCAGAAGAAGAUGAUGAAAAAGACGAAAUCGAUGACGAAAUCAUCAUAACACACCUGUAAACGCGGAGUUAGACGAGCUCCAGCGUUCCAAGCGCUUUCAGCGCUAUAUUGCCAUACACACAUAUUAGGUACAAACCACGAGCUGAAGUAAUCUCGAUUUAUUAUAUUUAUAUGUAUGUAUCCAAUAGUUAAGUGUAUUGUGAAGCAAAGAUAUGUCAAGUACAAAUAUUUCACAUACUCGAACGUGGCCUAUUUUUCGGGUACGAUAUGCGUCGAGAGCACGCAACGCAUUACAAAAUGGUUCCAACUUACUGGUACACUUCGGUCUAAUCAGUCUCACCACAGACGUGCAUUAUAUCGAGUCAAAUAAUUUUUCUCCAUCGAACGUUUAGCUGGACGUCGCGAGACGACACCGAAUUAUGAUUUAGUUUGACGGCAUAUUGGCAACUAUUUACGUAACAUUGUUUCAAUGAGCUCCGCAAUUGUUCAUUCUUCUGUCAAGACACGAUCAUGGACAGUCAAUGAUUUUAUU